CUUCCAGCUCCAAGGUAGCUGCUUCUGGAAGGCCUGGUCCCUGCCCUGACCCUCAAUGUCCUCCUCCCCCCAGUCUGGCCCCACACAGGACCAAGAGGCCAUUCCAGCCGAGAGAGAGAGAUGGCGGCUCCGGCAUCCCCACAAGCCACAGGGUGCCCAGCCAUGCCAAGGGCACCCUAGGGUGGCCUUCUGACAGCUAAACCAUCUGUGGACUCCCACCCGAGCCGGCCAUCCUCCACUCGGGCCACUGGCCAUGGGCGGCUGCUUCUCCAAGCCCAAGCCAGUGGAGCUCAAAAUCGAGGUGGUGCUGCCGGAGAAGGAGCGAGGCAAGGAGGAGCUGGCAGCCGGUGGCAAGGGCAGUCCGCGGGCCUACCAGGGCAAUGGCACUGCCCGCCACUUCCACUCGGAGGAACACCUGCCGGCCCCUCACCCCUACCCCGGCCCUCAGGACUGUGUGGAAGCUGCUGUCUGCCAUGUCAGAGACCUGGAGAACGGCCAGAUGCGGGAAGUGGAGUUGCGUUGGGGCAAGGUGCUGCUGCUUAAGGAGGGCGGAGAAUUCCAUGCACUGGGCCACAAAUGCCCGCACUACGGCGCACCCCUCGUCAAAGGCGUGCUGUCCCGCGGCCGGGUGCGCUGCCCCUGGCAUGGUGCCUGCUUCAACAUCAACACCGGGGACCUGGAAGACUUCCCAGGCCUGGACAGCUUGCACAAGUUCCAGGUGAAGAUUGAGAAGGAGAAGGUGUACGUCCGGGCCAGCAAGCAGGCCCUACAGUUACAGCGAAGGACCAAGGUGAUGGCCAAAUGCAUCUCUCCAAGUGCUGGGCACAGCGGCAGCACCAAUGUGCUCAUCGUAGGUGCAGGGGCGGCCGGCCUGGUGUGUGCCGAGACGCUGCGGCAGGAGGGCUUCUCCGACCGGAUCGUGCUGUGCACACUGGACAGGCACCUCCCCUACGACCGGCCCAAGAUUAGCAAGUCCCUGGAUGUGCAGCCUGAGCAGCUAGCUCUGAGAUCCAAGGAGUUCUUCCGGGCCUAUGGCAUCGAGGUGCUCACAGAGGCCCAGGUGGUCACAGUGGAUGCGAAAAACAAGAAGGUCGUGUUCAAGGAUGGUUUCAAGCUAGAGUACAGCAAGUUGCUGCUGGCACCAGGGAGCAGCCCCAAGACUCUGAGCUGCAAGGGCAAAGAAGUGGAGAACGUGUUCACCAUCCGUACACCUGAGGAUGCCAACCGCGUGGGGAGGCUGGCCCGGGGCCGCAAUGUCGUGGUCGUGGGAGCUGGCUUCCUGGGGAUGGAGGUGGCUGCCUACCUGACCGAGAAGGCCCACUCGGUGUCCAUGGUGGAGUUGGAGGAGACGCCCUUCCGAAAGUUCCUAGGAGAGCGCGUGGGGCGCGCCCUCAUGAAGAUGUUUGAGAACAACCGGGUGAAGUUCUACAUGCAGACGGAGGUGAUGGAGCUGCGAGCCCAGGAGGGCAAGCUGAAGGAAGUGGUGCUGAAGAGCAGCAAAGUGGUGCGGGCUGACAUCUGCGUGGUGGGCAUCGGUGCGGUGCCCGCCACGGGCUUCCUGCGACAGAGUGGCGUAGGACUGGACUCCAAGGGCUUCAUUCCUGUCAACAAGAUGAUGCAGACCAACAUCCCCGGCGUGUUUGCGGCUGGUGAUGCCGUCACCUUCCCCCUUGCCUGGAGGAACAACCGCAGAGUGAACAUCCCCCACUGGCAGAUGGCUCACGCCCAGGGGCGUGUGGCGGCCCAGAACAUGCUGGCGCAGGAGGCAGAGAUCAACACGGUGCCCUACCUCUGGACCUCCAUGUUUGGCAAAAGCCUGCGCUAUGCAGGCUAUGGAGAAGGCUUUGAUGACGUCAUUAUCCAGGGGGAUCUGGAGGAACUGAAGUUUGUGGCUUUUUACACCAAAGGCGACGAGGUGAUUGCGGUGGCCAGCAUGAACUAUGACCCCAUUGUGUCCAAGGUGGCCGAGGUGCUGGCCUCUGGCCGGACCAUCCGGAAGCGGGAGGUGGAGACUGGUGACAUGUCUUGGCUCACUGGAAAAGGAUCCUGAGUUGGCACCCCAUGGAACCUAGCAGGCAUGCCCUGGCACUGCCCUCCUGGGGCAGGCGCCAACCUCCAGUUUUCCGGAAACCCCCCGGCCAGGAUUUGCCUUCCACCGCCCCCUCCACCCACCCAGAGAAGCUUCCAGAAGAUGCUCGCCCCCUGCACCUCCCCGCAAAGCCUCAGUUGGAGGGCGAGCCAAACCCUUGGGGGGGGGGGUCCCCUGGUAGGACAUGUUUGAGACUACAUGCACAUUAAAACGCACACAUUUCCAGA